CUAUCUAUCUAUCUAUCUAUCUAUCCCCUGUCCUCUACUCUGUUCUGCUCGAUCAAUCUCCCUUCUCUCUCAUCCCAAAUUUCCAUGGGUUCUUGUCUCUCUCCUGUCUCCCCCUACCACCAUUUCUCCAGUUAGGUGGGACUGCUCAUCUCCCCUAUUUUGUCCCUUUUCUCUCUCUUCUCUGCUCCCCAUUUGUUUUUCUUAUAUAAAAACCUCACAUUCACAUUCUCCAUUGACAAAGAAGCAGAGCAUCUGAGGAGCACCAAGAACAGAGCAACUGAAGAAGCUUCUUCUCUUUUCUUUUUCUUAUGAGAUGAAGACCAUCCUCGCAAAAUCCCCUCAUGACUCCUCCUUCUCUUUCUCCCGGCGGUUCAACUGGCGGAAGAAGGCGAUCGAAGACGAAGACGACGACAACGACGAAGAAGAGAUCCUCCAGUCCAUCCAGAAGGAACGAGCCAACGAGCUCGACGUCCCCACAAUGCCCGACCUCGCUUUCCCGUCCCGCAAGAAGAAGAAGAAGCCGCUGCCCCAGCUUGCGGUGUCCAAGCUCCGGUCCGCCCUGACGUCCCUUGGCAGGGGCGGCGGUGCCCACCUCCUCGCCGGACAGGCCAGAAGGGUGGUGUUGGGGACCCUUUUCGGCUAUAGACGGGGCCACGUCCAUUUCGCUGUCCAGUCCGACCCGAGGGCGGGGCCUGAGUUCCUCAUCCAGCUGGCCGCCCCGACGAGCGUGUUGGUCCGGGAGAUGGCGUCGGGCCUGGUGAGGAUCGCCCUUGAGUGCGACAAGAAAGCGUCCAAGAAGGCGGCCGGGAAGCUCCUUGAGGAGCCCGUGUGGAGGGCGUACUGCAACGGGCGUAAGUGCGGGUACGGGCUGAGGCGGGAGUGUGGACCCGAGGAGGCCCGCGUCCUUCGGGCACUCGAGCCUGUCUCGAUGGGCGCUGGGGUCCUUCCUGGGAACAGCGAAGGACUGGGAGGAGGAGAGGAGAUCGAGGGGGAUGUGCCGGGCCAAGGCGAGCUCAUGUACAUGAGGGCCCGGUUUGAGCGGGUUAUUGGGUCGAAAGACUCGGAAGCCUUCUACAUGAUGAACCCGGAUCGGAGCGGCGGACCCGAACUUAGCUUUUAUUUGCUAAGGGUUUAGCAUAUUUAAGUGUUAAAUUAUUGAUCUAAUCGUAAGCUCCCUUUUUUUGUUGGCCAUUUAGUGUUAGAUAGUGAGAUUUAAAUUUUUCAUAGUAUGGUCUGGCGUUGUAUAAAGAAAUGCCGAUUUAUAAUAUGCGUUUUCUUUUACUA